AUUUGUAACAACGUAAGGCUCUUUAUGGUCUAUCCUAUGAAAUUGAAGUUUAUUUGCAACCAAUGGAUACAGCGGGUAGUUGUUAAACAGUUUGCAUGCAGGCGACAGUAGACAUGUUUGCGUUCAGAAAUCCACUUUUUGGUGUUGCGAGCGGUCUCAAACAGUGAGUUAUUUGUAAAGCAAGUUAUUGAAUCAGCACGCGCGUACAAGCCUGCAUGUUGUGUUGAGUGCACGAGCUAGCUGUUUAGCUACUUGUUAGCUAACUUUACUGUCAACAGCGGGUGCAAAAUGCCAAGUCUGGAGUUCUAAACGAUGCAAUUCGCAUUCUAGGAUGCAACUUGUUUUGCAGAAACUCAAUUUAACGCAAAUAGAUGUGCUUGAACUGAACAACAGCACUAGCUAACGUAACGUUAUAUAGCUACGUUAGCUAGCUAGCUAGCUCACUUGAAUCUACUCAAGACGUGACUGUGAGCUGCUAGCUAGGUUUGGUGAAGAAUGGCUGGCACGGUAAUGGGCGUGGGCACUGGGGUUUUCCUCAUUGCUCUCAUCUGGAUUGUGGCUCUCGUGCUCGGGAUGAUCCUCUUGAGAGCUACUGGACCAACUAAGUAAGUUACCGGUAGUUGUGAAUACAUACACACAUGCAGGCCUAGCUAGAUAGGCUACCUAAACACAUUUGUAGUUUGUACACAUUAUCUUGUGCAGACAUGAUACCACUGUACAUUUGCAUUGCCCUGAAUAGCCUACUUCUACCUCUGCCAUGCCAAGAGGUGAAAUCACAGGAUCAUAGGUGUAUGCUGCACUGGCUGUUCCACAUCAAAUCCUUGGCCUACACGUUUGUGGAUUAUACUGUACAUUAUAAUGUAUUUCAGAGAUUAUAUCAAAUAGUUAGGCCCAACAUGUUUUAUACAGGUGUAUGGCUAUUGCACUUCAAUAAAUUAGGUUAGCCCAGGGCCAUAUACGGUCUACUGUCAUUCGACUUUAGACAAGCCUGUUAUUUGCACUGUUACUAGCUAGGUCACAUGUUUCUGACUACUGCUGAAAUGGUUCUGUCAUGAUUUUACUGUGAGAAAAUGACUUGAGUCACUAAAAUGUGUAAAAAGGGGUUAGUUUACUGGUUAAAUAUUUGAUUGGGCUGAUUGAUGUUGAUUGCAAUGCCCUUGGCCAUAGUUUUCAUUAGUCCUAAAGAACACCCAAUCAAAAGUGAUUACCUGUCAAAAUAAUUUGAAGAAGAAUACAAUUUGUAUCUGUAUUGUUUUCUAACAGGUUAGGGGUCAUCCCUGUCUUCCUGCUGGCCUUCAUUGCCACUCUUAUCCUGGUGUUCUUCCCCCGCAGCUCAGAGACCCUGUCACCAUUCAAAGAUAUCGAGGUAAGCAAAUAGUACUGUAAUAAAAUUAUAAUGCACACACACGCGCAAGUGUACUCCAGCUGGCUCUUUGGUGUCAAAGGCUCUCUUUCGAAGUGGGAGCCACUGGUGUCAUGUUUUCUAAUAUUGAUAUUCAACAAGGCCCGCAAUGGAAAGAAAUGUGUGCAUUUAUCUAUUGGCCUAUGCCAACAGUGCGCGACAAUGGCUAAUUUGUCAUAACCAUUACAGAUAACAAAUCCUAAUUAGUUUAGCAGACAAGACGCUCUUAUUUCCUGAGCCCUUAUCACAGGCUAGACACCUAUUUUAUAGUAAAAAAAACAUGAUGUAAUAUAACAUAAUAAAAUAAAAUAUUUUUCCAAAUGAAAAAAGUUGCCAUUGCGAAGUGAUGAGCAUCUCACGUCUGAAACAGUUAUUCUCAGAGUGAUCAUUUGAAACAGGGCACAAUUUGGCGAGUUGAAAGACAAUUUUUUUCUGGGUUACAAAACAAAAUCUGUCUUCUUUUCGAUAUACAGACGUUCGAUUUAGUUUAUUCUUUGGAAUUUUCUAAAUGGACUAACAAUUCCACAUUGAACCCUGCGUGGUGAUAAAAUUACGACCACGACAUCUGUUUGAGUAGGCCUAGGCUUAAUGAUUCUGAUAAAUACGCUCUUUGUGUUUAUCAAACUAAUGUUUUUGCGUAGUUUCAUUGUGGAACCUGUCUAGCUUAGGCUAACCUAUUCUAAAUGGCACUAGUGGUUGGCAAAGUAGCCUAAGCAGAAAAUAGACGGGACACAAUCAUUCCAAAACUGCAGCUUGUUGUUGGAACACAUAUUUUCCUACUUCAACCAACCAGUCCAUUUUAAAUUUGUGAUAAAACUGUUGUCAUUUUGCAAGGAAUGUAGCUUGUGUAUCCCGUCAGUUGGAUACAUUUAUAUAGGCAUUUAUUUCUGUAGGCCUAACGGGAGCUUGUGUGCGCACUCAGCACACGUGUGUGUGUGUGUGUGUGUAGGGAGCGGUCGGAACACAAUUGAGUGAAUGAGACACAGGGAAAAGGGAAAUUAGGGAGAAGAACUGUGUGAUGCUUGGCUUAAUUUUUUUUUGUGCCCCGCAAAUGCACAUGUACAGAUAGAACACUAGAGUCAAAGCAAAUGAACAUACUCUUCAAGACAACAUUAUUUUUAUUAAUUUUUUUGACAAAAUGUCACUUGCCUGUUCGGGCAGCCACAAAGUAUAUUCCACCAAAUAGUUUGACAGUAUUUGGAAAAAAAAUAAAAAUAUUGUUAAAGAUCGAGCUUUGACAUCCGUUCGAGGACUCGAUUACUCAUACCCAUCCCUAUAGCAGGUACUAAUAGCAGCACAAAGGUUGCAGGUUCAAUCUUUGUGCUGGCCACAUUGACCAUCACUCAUGAUUCAUGUCUGCUAAAUCACUGCAGUGCAGUGUAGUAUAGGCUGAUUUUUAUGGAGUAUAGACAGGUUGGUUGUUUAGCAACAAAACCGACGCAUGCGCAACUAUGGGGUAAAACAGACAUGGUUGGCUUAGAUUGUUGACAUGUAUACUAUGUUUUGUCUCCAAUGUUUAUUGAAAAUGAAUUUGCACAAUGAGUACUUGUCUCUCAUACAUCAUUAGUUGUUGGUUAUCUAGCUAGCGAAUUUUAGCCAUAUUAGCAUUAGCCUCUGCCAAGUCCCCAACAACCAGAUGUUCCGGUUUUCAGGGUAAAUCGAAAGAGAGCUUGUGACACGACUUCCGCUUUUGGACGUUAACAAGGCGACACCAUCUUAACUCCUCCUCCACAUUUACUGGAUUGUGGUGAAGAGAACCUCCGCCAAAUUUUGUUGUUGUUGUCAAGACCAGUAUGUAGGGGAUCUAGUUUCAGGCAUUUAUUUUACACCUGCUACGUUAGAUUAUAUUAGCAUAGACAUGACAUCAGUUAAAACACCUCAAAACAAGGCAUGUUAUCAAGAACAAGAUAAAACUAACUGAAACGAGCCACCUACUAUUCCCCACAUGGCUGCUUCUUGUCAUUGUUGCUAGCACAAGAGGUUGGUGGCACCUUCAUUGGGGAGAACGGGCUCGUGGUAAUGACUGGAGUGGAUUUGUAACAAAUGGAUCAGACAUGGUUUCCAGGUGUUUGAUGCCAUUCCAUUUGCUCCGUUCCAGCCAUUAUUAUGAGCCGUUCUCUCCUCAGCAGCCUCCUGUGGUUCUUAGCUAUCUGGCCAUCCAGAAUCACAACACACAGACUUCUGCCCCAUUGAAUCAUGCGCAUCAUUUUCGUGUCAUUAUUAGCUAACCCGUCUAUGAAGAUCUAUGGAAUAUGAAUAGCGUAUUGCGCUCAUCAAUUAUUCCCCUGAACAACACGGAAGGAUUUGUCCCAAACAAGUAAACUGCAACCAAUUUUUUUUGUCAUGGUGGCUUUUGUUUUGUGGUCCAUGUAUGUAGGCCUAGCAGGGUGGCCUGCUGGCCCUGGCUGCAGAGCUGCAGUCAGAACAUGUGGCGGUGUGUUUGUCAUAAAGACCUGGUCUGGUUUAUCGCUCCCCAACAGCAGCGCAGCACAAACAGACUACAGCGCUUGCCUUUCCUGCUGCGCUGUCUGUGCAUGGGAAAACCAGAAGUACAAAGAGGCAUGGGCUGUGUCUCAAAUAGGGUUGCAAAAUUAUGGGAACAUUCUAUAAAUUCCCUGGUUUUCCAGAAAUCCUGGUUGGAGGACUCCGGAUUUCUUGCUUAUUCCCUCCUGAUUCAGUGAUCCUCCAACCGGGAUUUAGGAAAAACCAGGGAAUUAAUUGAGAUUUCCCUGAGUUUUGCAACCUAGUCUCAAAUGACACCAUAUUCCCUAUUUAGUGGACUACUUUUGAUAGGGCUCUGGUCAAAAGUAGUGCACUAUAUAGGGAAUAGGGUGCCAUUUGGGCCGCAACCGCAGACAUGGUGCUGUAGUGCCUGUUUUCCUGUUAGUUUAGGCCAAUGUGCAAGAUGAGCUCACACACAGACCCGAUGAUUCAGGCAAUCUAUUUUCGACUGCAUGCAUUCUGUUUUUUAUGUGAAUAAAUUCACCAUUUGCUGUUUUGUCAUGAUACUUUUUAAAUAUUUAUAUUUUUCCACAGCGAGGUGUUAAUGUAUAUAGGUUUAUUUAGUGAAGUAUUCAUUGACUUGUAAAUUAGUUUCAAAUCUUGGGAAUGUGUAAAAAUCAUUCAUAUUUUUAUUGAUUUAAAAGAUGACCGGUGGGGUGUAUAAUUUCUAGGCCAUAAUCAAAUAAAAAUAAACAAGCAUAGCUAAAAUAGUUUUAAUUCUGCUGAUUGCACAUUGUAAAUAGUUACAGUGGGGAAAAAAAGUAUUUAGUCAGCCACCAAUUGUGCAAGUUCUCCCACUUAAAAAGAUGAGAGAGGCCUGUAAUUUUCAUCAUAGGUACACGUCAACUAUGACAGACAAAUUGAGAGAAAAAAAAUCCUGAAAAUCACAUUGUAGGAUUUUUAAUGAAUUUAUUUGCAAAUUAUGGUGGAAAAUAAGUAUUUGGUCACCUACAAACAAGCAAGAUUUCUGGCUCUCACAGACCUGUAACUUCUUCUUUAAGAGGCUCCUCUGUCCUCCACUCGUUACCUGUAUUAAUGGCACCUGUUUGAACUUGUUAUCAGUAUAAAAGACACCUGUCCACAACCUCAAACAGUCACACUCCAAACUCCACUAUGGCCAAGACCAAAGAGCUGUCAAAGGACACCAGAAACAAAAUUGUAGACCUGCACCAGGCUGGGAAGACUGAAUCUGCAAUAGGUAAGCAGCUUGGUUUGAAGAAAUCAACUGUGGGAGCAAUUAUUAGGAAAUGGAAGACAUACAAGACCACUGAUAAUCUCCCUCGAUCUGGGGCUCCACGCAAGAUCUCACCCCGUGGGGUCAAAAUGAUCACAAGAACGGUGAGCAAAAAUCCCAGAACCACACGGGGGGACCUAGUGAAUGACCUGCAGAGAGCUGGGACCAAAGUAACAAAGCCUACCAUCAGUAACACACUACGCCGCCAGGGACUCAAAUCCUGCAGUGCCAGACGUGUCCCCCUGCUUAAGCCAGUACAUGUCCAGGCCCGUCUGAAGUUUGCUAGAGUGCAUUUGGAUGAUCCAGAAGAGGAUUGGGAGAAUGUCAUAUGGUCAGAUGAAACCAAAAUAGAACUUUUUGGUAAAAACUAAACUCGUUGUGUUUGGAGGACAAAGAAUGCUGUGUUGCAUCCAAAGAACACCAUACCUACUGUGAAGCAUGGGGGUGGAAACAUCAUGCUUUGGGGCUGUUUUUCUGCAAAGGGACCAGGACGACUGAUCCGUGUAAAGGAAAGAAUGAAUGGGGCCAUGUAUCGUGAGAUUUUGAGUGACAUCAGCAAGGGCAUUGAAGAUGAAACGUGGCUGGGUCUUUCAGCAUGACAAUGAUCCCAAAUACACCGCCCGGGCAACAAAGGAGUGGCUUCGUAAGAAGCAUUUCAAGGUCCUGGAGUGGCCUAGCCAGUCUCCAGAUCUCAACCCCAUAGAAAAUCUUUGGAGGGAGUUGAAAGUCCGUGUUGCCCAGCGACAGCCCCAAAACAUCACUGCUCUAGAGGAGAUCUGCAUGGAGGAAUGGGCCAAAAUACCAGCAACAGUGUGUGAAAACCUUGUGAAGACUUACAGAAAACGUUUGACCUGUGUCAUUGCUAACAAAGGGUAUAUAACAAAGUAUUGAGAAACUUUUGUUAUUGACCAAAUACUUAUUUUCCACCAUAAUUUGCAAAUAAAUUCAUUAAAAAUCCUACAAUGUGAUUUUCUGGAUUUUUUUUUCCUCAUUUUGUCUGUCAUAGUUGACGUGUACCUAUGAUGAAAAUUACAGGCCUCUCUCAUCUUUUUAAGCGGGAGAACUUGCACAAUUGGUGGCUGACUAAAUACUUUUUUCCCCCACUGUAUGUCAAUAGUCUACAACUGGAGUACUAACUAUCAUUACAUAAAAAAACGUACAGUUCGGUAUGAUGUAGCCUAAGCCUGUUGAAACACACAAGGGUAGGCCUAUUACACAUGCAUUUUGCUUGUAGAAGGUGGUCUUAUAGAAGAGGCUCAACCAGUUACUCCUUAGAGAUCCUAUUAAAUUACAUGUGAUUUACCUCGGAAUAACUAGCCACUGUGUGUGUGUGACCACGAUAGUGUGUGAAUGUGUGUAUGUAAGAAACGGCUAACCUCUCGCUGUUAAACAAAAACAAAAUAUCACAGUGCCAAUUAGGCCGGCCCCAGACAGGGCCUCCGUACCGAAUGGCUCGAUGCCACAUUAAUAAAACAUGGGCUCCAGCUCUGGGCUCCGCUUGCUGGCUAAUUGGCAAAUUAGAAAAUGAGAUGCGUUAAAUGAGAGAACACUGCAUCCGCCAGAGACAAUGCCCCCCCCCCCCCCCGGUCCUACCAAGCCCCUAGUAUCCUAUCUUUAGUCAGCAGUAGGUUGUUGCCUCCUCGUAAUAUUUGGCCUCCGUAUGGUGGAGCAGGUCUUCAGGGAGUUGGGUCUCUUGGUUAGUGUUCUCUUCCACUCACUCCACGGCUCCUGUUUUGUUCCAACAGGGAACCCAGUAAAUCCAACAACUGUCCAAGUGUAACCUUGUAUCUAAGUGAUAGGGACGCCCAGUUAACACACACGUACAAACACACACACUGGCUGGGAAUUGUAUUGGCCAAGAUGAUGGAACACAGUACUAUUGACUCUUCCUUGAUUUUAGUGAAUGAUGUAUUAUAUUAAAUUAAUCAUAUUAAGCCUAGGUAGUGUGUAUUUUUUUAGGAAGUUUGGUCAUAAUGUAUUCAAUACAUUUUUUGUGAAAUAAGUCAUUUGUUUUGUUGCGACUGUUUCAACUUACCAAAGUGAUUUUAGUUUUUUGAGCCAUUUCACGUGGAUGAUGCGACAAGUGAUCAUAUUGCAUACAUUGAGAGUGAUCAUUAUCUUUUAAAAUAAGGCCUAUAAUUACUCACAUCACUAUUACCAAGUCUCUUGCCAUAUCAUGUCCAUUUAUUGAAUGAGUCUAUGUUUGCUUGAGUACAAUAUAGUAACUGCCUGGAACUAAGUCAAGUCAGACACUGUAAUACAUUUACCAAAGUCCAUGUUAACGUUUGGCUUCUAGUGAAGUGAGUGUGAGGAGAGAAGCCUGCCUUGCCUUCCCAUUUCCCUCCAGCACAAGUGGCUCACUUGUGACAUCUGUUGGAAGAAAGAGUAAUUACGAUCAUUAAAACACAAGUUACCCACUUAUCAAACAUUUAUUUUAUUUAACCUUUAUUUAACUAGGCAAGUCAGUUAAGAAUAAAUUCUUAUUUACAAUGACGGCCUACCCCGGACAAACCCUCCCCUAACCCGGACGACGCUGGGCCAAUUGUGCACCGCCCUAUGGGACUCCCGAUCACUGCCGGAUGUAAUACAGCCUGAGAUCAAACCAGGGUCUGUAGUGACACCUCUAGUACUGAGAUGCAGUGCCUUAGACCGCUGUGCCACUUGUGAGCCAACAUACACAAACCUUAAUCUAUCCUAAACUAACCCAUUUAUCAUCCAUUUGGACUUUGAUCUACACUGAACAAAAAGUGUUGGUCCCAUGUUUCAUGAGCUGAAAUAGAUCCCAGAAAUGUUCAAAUUUGGCGUGGUUACACAUGGUCUGCAGUUGUGAGGCCUGUUGGACGUACUGCCAAAUUCUCUAAAACGACAUUGGAGGCGGCUUAUGGUAGAGAAAUGAACAUUACAUUCCCUUAUAUGAACUGUAACUCAGCAAAAUCUUUGAAAAUGUUGCAUGUUGCGUUUUAUAUUUUUGUUCAGUAUAUUUGGUAAACCAAUGAACUGCUAACUGUAUGAACAUUACAACCCUAUCUCUCUACUUCUGCAGAUCGUAGACACUUUCUUCAUCGGCCGGUACGUCCUGCUGUCGGUGACCAGUGUGGGCUUCAUGGUUGCUCUGUUCGGCCUGCUGCCCCUGCAUUUCCUGGAAGCUGUCUAUGCCAAGCCCUUGAGAACCCACUAGAGCGGAGCGGCCAGGCCAAGUUGACCCGCUAGACUAGUGGCCAGAGCUGUAUGUGCAGCGCUGGAGAUGAGUAAAGGCCAGCUAAGAGGGGCCCUAGUAAAAUGGAGCGCAGGACAGGUUGGCACCUGAACCAAAACACAGGCAGGGCCAAUGUUUUCUAUGUGAUCGACUGUUGUGUUUGUUGUUGGGGGGAGUUUUGGGCCAACCGCAAUUUAAGAUAUGCCAAAAUGUUGUCUGGUAUAGGCCACCCUAACAUAGAUGAUACGUUAUGAUGUUUUGUAUAUGGAUAGCAAGUAGUUUGAGUUGUAGUGGUGGGGUAGCAGUUGCAUUAACGGAAUGCAUUUAUCUCUAUGGCCUGAUUCAGAAGUUCAGAGGAUAAGACUGAUUUUAACUGUAUGUAUAUUUCUGACAUUUACUUUUUUUACUCAACUUGUAUUUAAAAAACAAUACAAAUAUUUUAUAAGACAACUUCAUUAAACAUUUCAUUGUUGGUUAUCCCGCCUACUGAAAACUUUCCUUCUGCUAGAAGUGAUUGAAAUAUAGAACUUCGUCAUCAUACUAAUUCCUUCUAGCAAAAUCAUCCAGUAUCAAAAUGCCACUAAAGAACUCAGGCCUAGUCCUGCUGUAGCAGGCCCUGUUAAGAAUAUGCAUAGCGCUGUUUGUCUACCACGUUCAGAUGCAGCCAGGUUGCUUUUUGAGUGAGUCUGAUGAACUAAGAUCUCUUCUUUGAUUACAGUCCUCAUAGCUGUCUGAUUCAUGAAGCCUCUCAAGUCAAUCAAGCUAAUUGAAUGAAGAGAGAACUGUCAGUAGCGACGCUGUGAUAUACUGUGAUGUGAAGUAGUAGCCCUCUCACGUAGUUAAAUGGAGUGAGCGUGUUCAUUAACUCCAGAUGCAUCCUGUGUUCUGUCACAUUUGCCGGCAUUUAAACCAGAUAGAUUGGAUCUGCACUCGACUACAUUGAAAUGUAAAUUUUUCAACUGACUGAUGCCUUCCUUCUUUGAAAGACUGUCUCAUACCUCCAAACAAUAAAACAAAGCAGGAAAGCAC